CCUCUUUCUAGUCACCGUUGAGAAACUCCCUUCACUGUCAAGAUGUCGUCCAAUUGCGUUACUGUGACCACUAUCCACACCAUCUGUGCCGCGUCUUCCUAUGCACCAACCUUGGCACCACCCGUUCCAACGGCUGGAGGAAAUGCGACCGUACCCAGCUCGGGUGCCAGCUCAGUGGGCGAAUCUCGCUCUUCAGUGUUGCCGAGUGCAACGCAUCCUACUACUACCUCGGCGAGCCCGUCCGCAUCAACCCCAGCUCAAGCUACGGGUCUGGCGGUCGCGACUCAACCGGGCAAGGUGGAUGGGUGGAUGGGCCUGCUGGUCGCUGCACUUGCGAUGUUGGCUAUGUUCUAGACCUCUGUUUCGGGAUUUGGAUGUCGUAUAUGGGUGGAGGUUUGGUGGUAAAGCGCGGCAGAUCGGGGGUCUCGGCCUGAAGGGGCCGAAUGGACAGUAGUCUAAUGGAGCAUGUCCAUAUUCUGGAGAUCUACAUGAUAGGGACAGGUCAUUCUAGUUGAUCAGCGUGCAGCAAAUUAAACAAGUAUCGCAAUAUAUUUCUG